CUUCACGGGAGCGUUUCCAGAUAAAGGAGCGGCACCAUUCAGCUUAAAAAAAACAUGGCGGCUUCCAGCUCAGAGGAGGACUUCUGCUGUCCCGCCUGCCUCGACGUCUUCAAAGACCCCGUCCUCCUGCCGUGCAGCCACAGCUUCUGUAGAGCCUGUCUGCAGGUCUGGUGGACGGGGAAACAGGUCCACGAGUGUCCGGUCUGCCGGGCCGUGUCUCGAUGCAGGGAUCCGCCCCGUAACCUGGCCUUGAGGAACCUGUGUGAGACCUUCUCCCUGAGGAGAGGUCUGGGAGCCCCAGCUCUCUGCCCGCUGCACUCGGAGAAGCUCAAGCUCUUCUGUCUGGACCACCAGCAGCCGGUGUGCGUGGUCUGUCGAGAUGCCAAGAUCCACACUGACCACAAGUUCAGACCCAUCGACGAGGCGGCGCAGGACCACAGGGAGGAGCUCCAGAGGUCCCUGCAACCUCUGCAGGACAAGCUGCAGGUCUUCACCCAACUCCAAAUGAACUUCAAUCAAACGGCAAAGCACAUCAAGGUGCAGUCUCGAUGCACGGAGAGGCAGAUCAGGGGAGAGUUUAAGAAGCUCCACCAGUUUCUGGAGGAGGAAGAGGAGGCCAGGAUGGCUGCACUGAGGGAGGAAGAGGAGCAGAAAAGUCGGAGGAUGAAGGAGAAGAUGGAGGCUCUGAGCAGAGAGGUAGCAGCUCUUUCAGACACCGUCAGACACACGGAGGCCGAGCUGAGAGCCGAAGACGUCUCGUUCCUCAACGCCUACAAGGCCUCGGUGGAACGAGUCCAGCAGCAGCGCCCCCUGCUAGAGGAUCCGCAGCUGCUCUCAGGAGCUCUGAUAGACCAGGCCAAGCACCUGGGCAACCUGACCUUCAACAUCUGGAGCAAGAUGAAGGACCUGGUCUCCUACAGUCCCGUGAUUCUGGAUCCAAACACUGCCUAUCCCGAGCUCAUCCUCUCUGCAGACCUGACCAGCGUGAGACACGAGAAGAUACAGCAGCUCCCCGAGAACCCGGAGAGGUUUGCGUACUGGGAUUCAGUCCUGGGCUCCGGGUUUGACUCCGGGACCCACAGCUGGGACGUGGAGGUCGGAGACAACAAGGACUGGGAACUCGGGGUGUUGGCAGAGUCCGUUUGCAGGACCGGGUUCAUGGGGUCUACGGUGUGGAGCGUGGACUUCAGCGGCGGCGGCUACCGCGCGUUCUCCCCGGUGAAUAAAUACACGGAUCUCCAAGUCCGAAAGAAGCUCCAGAACAUCAGAGUUCAUCUGGACUGGGACCGAGGGAAGCUGUCGUUUUCCGACCCCAACACGGACACACACAUACACACCUUCACACACACCUUCACCGAGAGGCUGUGCCCGUACCUCUGCACCAGGAAUGCUCUCCCUCUGAAGAUAAUGCCCGUAAAGGUCUCCGUAAUACUGCAGAGUGAGAGAGCUGAAGAUGGAGUAUUUAAACCCUGAGGUCACAUUUAUGCAUAUGAGGAAUAAGACAGGAAAUGGUGUAUUUAUGGACUGUUUGUACAACGUUUAGAAACAGCAGUUUAUGAGUAUGCAA